AUGUCUGGUCAAGACCUACCCGGUGCCACCCCUGCUCUUCCUACUCUUCCCCGCGAAGACGCUUCUUCCAUGUCAAUGACGACUUGCGUAGAGGACAGUGAGAAGGCCUCCAGUCUGGAGCGACCCUUCUCAGCGACUUCUUCGUACACCCUGCACGAGGAGACGCCAACGCCACACCGCCGGAAGGAGCUGUCCCUUAGCCACCUGCUGGUGAUCCAUCUAGGCCUUAACAUCGUCUCCACAAUCCUGCCGACCCUUACUUCUGAGCUCGGCGCAACCGAAGAUGAAUAUACCUGGAUCACCGUCGCGUAUCUGCUCACGCAGACCGCCUUCCAGCCAUUCUACGGCCAGAUCUCCGAUGUUGUAGGACGCAAGACGUUGCUCUUCAGCGCGAUGAGUGCUUUCACCGUCGGGUCUAUGCUCUGUGGCGCUGCCCAGAAUACCCGCAUGCUGAUCGCCGCGCGAGCUCUCGCGGGAGCGGGUGGCGGGGGGAUAGUCAACUCGGUUUGGGUCAUCAACAGCGACGUCGUCCCUGUGCGCUCUCGCACAAACUGGUCCCUAGCUCUGAGCGUCACAUGGGCCUGCUCGGCAGUGGCAGGGCCAUUGCUCGGAGGCGUUUUCAGCGGAAGCAGCGCGUCCUGGCGCUGGGCUUUUUAUCUCAAUGGCCCGGUCUGCGCUUUAUCCGUGACCAUCCUUGUACUUUCUCUCCGCCACGUACCCGUCCUCGCGAAGUCGCCGACCACGUGGAAGAGCAUCUGGAAGACCUUUGACUUCCCUGGGCUGGUUCUUUUUAUUUGCGGCACCAUCGGUGUCCUGAUUGGCUUCAGCUUCGCAGCCCCUCAUGGUUGGACCGCACCUUCCACGCUUGCCUUCAUAAUUGUUGGCGCUGUAGUCCUCCUCGUCGGCGCGAUUUAUGAGGGUUACAUACGGACAGCAAAUUGCCUCUUCCCCGCUGUGAUUUUUAAGCAGCGAAUGACCGCCUCCCUCCUUCUUGUGACUUUCCUACACAAUGUCGUCUUCAGCGCCGGAACCUUCUACCUGGCGCUCUACUAUCAGGUAGUAAACCGGAUGACCCCACUCGAGGCUGGGGUUCGCAUGCUCCCUUACUCGCUCGGCGCGUCCGUGGCGUCAAUGCCGCCCACUGCCUUCAUAACGGCCUGGCAAAAGCGCCGCCAGGAUACAGGCGGACAGAACUGCGUUAUCUGGGCAGGACUGACGCUUUCGACCCUCGGGUUUGGGCUCAUGAUUUUGCUGGACGAGCGGUCGAAGAGCGCGGCACAAAUUAUAUUUCCCCUUCUGGCCGGUUGUGGCCUCGGGAUGAAUUUCCACGCACCCUACCAGGUGUUCCAAGCUGCGCUAGGGCCGGAGCAUCUCGCAACCGCAACCAGUGCCUUCUUCCUCGUGCGCUUCACCGGCGCGACAAUCGGGCUGCCGCUCAAUGUGCAUGUCCAGGCCGUCGCGGGUGCUAUAUUCUAUGGGCGUCUAUCCGACCUCCUCCCGCCCGACAUUUCAAUUCUCCGCUGGGACUCGUCCAUCGAUUUCUCAAGGCUGAACAGCCUCGCGCCGGACGCGCUCCGUGAGGUCUCGCACGUCGUCGCGAUCGCGAUCCGGACGGUUUGGGUGGUGUGUGCUCCCGCUAUCGGCUUGGCCCUCGUGGCCUCCCUUGCAUUGCGCACCAUCCCCACGCCGAGCGAGGAGUUGGACGAGAAGCACUCGUCCACACCCGAGAGCUCCUCGACAGCAGUAUGA